GUUGCCGAUGUUUGUAUUCAUCAAAAGUUUCGGGGUUACUACAGCUAUACAGUUGUAUACAAAAACUAAGAAUAACAAGAUACACACACGCACACAUAUCGUUUCUCAUUAAUGGAUACUAAAAAUCCCUACAGACCUGUUGACAAUAAACUGCAAGACGUUCAGCAACAACAGCAUUUAGACAUGGAACAAAUCAAUAAUGGGCCACCACAAAUCUAUAAUAAUAAUUUUACUCAGCCGUCGACUAGUGCUCCUACAGCUGGUGCUGGUUCAGCAACUACGGUUCAAAUAAUGCCAAUGUCAAAUCAACCAAUAUGUCCCCAACCUGUCGGACCAGUAUCUAUGCAAAUGACUUGUCCCAAUUGUCGUUGUCGCAUUGAAACAGCUGUACGUCAUCGUUCUACAACUAAAACCCAUUUUGCAUGUCUAUUGCUUUCCUGGACUAUCUGCUGCUGUUGUAUACCAUACUGCAUGGAUUCUUGCCGCAAUGCAAAUCAUUUCUGUCCCAUGUGCGGAACAUACAUUGGAACUUAUGCCUCAUAAACAGAAAAUAUAUUAAAAUAUUACAGAAUAUAUAUACAUAUAUACAUACACCCAUUUAUACAUACAUAUAUUCCAAUACGAUUUAUAAUUUUUAUAUAUAAAAAAACACUUCCAUAUUCUGUUUACAAUACAAUUGUAAAGUGAAUAAAAAAUUUUAUAUUUCUUAUAAAGAA